AACACCUUUUUUGUCAGAGGUUUUUGCCACAUCCAUUUCAUUGAGAUUUUCUUUUUCUUUUCUUGUUGUUAAGCAUUUUCUCCAGUAAUUUUCGUUGUUGUCUUUUCUUACGACAAUGAUGACCAUCCUUGCUAAGCAACCUGCCCUUGGGUCACAAUUCGACGAGAAGAGCGUGCACACUGUCACUGAGGAAGCCAAGAAAGUUGCGUUGAAUGGUGAAUUUUCUUUGCAAAAGGAAUCAUCACAUAAUGGAUUUACAGCACCAGAAAUCAAUUCAUUUGGCCACUCUUUCAGGGAUUAUGAUGCUGAAAGUGAAAGGCAAAAAGGUGUAGAGGAAUUCUAUAGACUGCAGCACAUCAACCAAACAUAUGACUUUGUGAAGAAAAUGAGGGAGCACUAUCAGAAAUUGGACAAGGCAGAAAUGAGCAUAUGGGAAUGUUGUGAGCUGCUCAAUCAAGUGGUGGAUGAGAGUGAUCCUGAUUUGGAUGAACCUCAAAUUCAACAUUUGUUACAAUCUGCUGAAGCCAUCAGAAAAGAUUAUCCCAAUGAAGAUUGGUUGCAUUUGACUGCUCUCAUCCAUGAUCUUGGAAAGAUUCUUCUUCUUCCUCAAUUUGGCGAGCUUUCUCAAUGGGCCGUUGUUGGAGAUACAUUCCCUGUUGGUUGUGCCUUUGAUGAAGCAAACAUUCACCACAAGUAUUUCAAGGACAACCCAGAUUUCAAAAAUCCUGCUUAUAACACAAAAGAAGGGGUCUACACUAAAGGAUGUGGACUCAACAAUGUUAUGAUGUCAUGGGGACAUGAUGAUUACAUGUAUUUGGUGACAAAUUCAAUAACCCUUUAUAUGAUGUAUAAUAACCUUGUAGCCUUACACAAGGAAGGUGCAUAUGCUCAUCUCAUGAAUGAUGAAGACCGUGAGAACUUGAAAUGGCUCCAUGUAUUCAACAAGUAUGAUUUGUAUAGCAAGAGUAAAGUCUUAGUUGAUGUAGAAAAGGUUAAGCCAUACUAUCAGUCUCUUAUUGAGAAGUAUUUUCCCGCAAAACUUAAAUGGUGAAGCCUCAAAAUGAGCAAUGGAGACCAAGGGUGCGUAGGAAAUUGAGUUUUUUUCCACAAGCAUGUUUUGGACUUGGUUGAAGUUGAUCAAUGUGUUACAUUUCAUGCCUUUUCAUAUUGCCUUGCAAUAACGUAUAAAUUUAUGUAAAUGCAUAAUGUAAAAUUAUAUAAUAUCGAUAUUUCUGUUCUUAGUUUUAAUAAUUUGAACUCAUAAGAAUCAUUAAGUUUGGUUAAUAAUACCGACCAUAUUGGCUAAGUAAUGAGCAUUGGGAUUUUUAUUUU